ACUGCUCCACCGGCGGUGGUAUAGGAAAUAACAGUUCAAGUUUUCAGUUUCCUAAAACGCCUGCCGGUUGGUACAACAUACCAGCUAGGGUCACUAGGCUGAUGUUAGAUAACCAUUUAAAUCACAUGCUUUGCCACAGAGGCCCAAGAGAAAAUUAAUCUCAUAAUUCAGUCACUGAUUUGUUAUUACUUUCACUGGCAUGGUAUGGUAGAGACGUCAUUUUACAUAGUGAUUGUUCACCACUCUAUGAAUCAAAAUAUUUUGGGUCAUUCGUCAUUAGUAAAUUAGUGCUAAAACCACACAAAAGUUUUUGAAGAAGGUGCAUACCAGUUGGAACUGAGAAAUUAAAGUGUUUAAACUGAUAGGACUUAUUGCAGCAGGGUAGCAGCUCUUAGGAAGGACCGUGUGUUAUCCCAGAGACAGGAGAGAAGGGAACAGCGUCUCUACUGGGGCUGAGUGAGUCCAGGCAGCCCCGCCUCUGCCAGGCUCUUCCUGGAGCUCUGCUCAGUCAUGAAUGAGACAGGACCCUGCCCACAAGGGCCCUGAAGGCCAGUGUGGAAGGUCAGAAAUCCACUGGGAAGUCCACCAGAAGGAGGCAAAAUGAAGGACCGGUUGUCAGAACUUCUGGAGUUAACCAGGCAGUAUGACCAGCAGUUCGCAGACGGAGGUGACGACUUGGACUCGCCCCACGAGGAUGUCGUGUUCGAGACGGACCACAUCCUGGAGUCCUUGUACCGAGACAUCCAGGAUCUUCAGACUGAAAACCAGCAGCUCAUGGCAGACGUGAAGAGGCUGGGAAAGCAAAACGCCCGCUUCCUCACGUCCAUGCGGCGUCUCAGCAGCAUCAAGCGGGACACCAACUCCAUUGCCAAGGACAUCAAGUCCCGUGGCGAAAACAUCCACCGCAAGCUGCGCGCCAUGAAGGCGCUGAGCGAGGAGGCCGAGGCGCUGCACGGACCCAACUCCGCGGUGGCGCGCAUCUCCCGCGCGCAGUACAGCGCGCUCACCCGCACCUUCCAGCGGGCCAUGUACGAGUACAACCAGGCCGAGAUGAAGCAGCGCGACAACUGCAAGAUCCGCAUCCAGCGCCAGCUGGAGAUCAUGGGCAAGGACGUCUCGGGAGACCAGAUCGAGGACAUGUUCGAGCAGGGCAAGUGGGACGUGUUCUCCGAGAACCUGCUAGCUGAUGUGAAGGGCGCGCGGGCCGCCCUCAACGAGAUUGAGAGCCGCCACCGCGAGCUGCUGAAGCUCGAGGGCCGCAUCCGUGACGUGCACGAGCUCUUCCUGCAGAUGGCCUUGCUGGUGGAGGAGCAGGCCGACACCCUCAACGUUAUCGAGCUGAACGUGGCCAAGACCCUCGACUACACCGGCCAGGCCAAGGCGCAGGUGCGCAAGGCUGUGCAGUACAAGAAGAAGAACCCCUGCCGGACCAUCUGCUGCUUCUGCUGCCCCUGCCUCAACUAGCGGGCUGGCCUGGGACAUCACACUCUAUGCUAAAGGGAAUGGUCUGGGAAGCGUAAUGGGAAGGAUUUGGGGGCUCCCUUCAUGGGGAUGAGUUGUCUCAGCCCCUGUGGGACCUCAGUCUUUAGAGAAAGAAGGAACUCCAGGCCUAAAAAUUCCAACCGAGCCCGUGCUUGGGACUACGGUUGAUGCCGUCCGAUGUUUCUUCAGUAAGUACAGAGAUAUCCACGGAAGUUGUGUAAGGUCAUUGUAUGGCAAAUUGCACCCUUGCCCUUUUAACGGAAGCCAAAUAAAGAACUGACGUUGUAGCAUAUUGUAGGGUCGUUGUCCCAGACACGUCUUCUAGGAGGAUGUCAAUUCCUCAUUGGCUAACAGUAUGAACUCAUCAAAACAAAUUUCAUUUACUCUGUCCGGACAGUACCUUGGUUCUGUUCAGUUUCACGUCUUUCAUUUCAGAUGCUUUGUCGGGUUAAUGCUCAAUGAUUCCUGCUUACAAGUACAGCUUCUUUCUGCUCACCACCACACUCCUCCGAGGACCAGCACUCAGGCCACCGAGCCACACCAGCCAGGGCUCACAUCCAUACUUAUUAAAAUCACAUUUAACACUCACUAUUUUCUUAUCUUUUCACUUUUAUUAUCUUCUGUCAGAAUAUAGUUUGGGAUUUUUUUCCCAAAAUAUUUUUAAGCACUGGGUUUUGAACAAGCACUCAAAUUGGUGAGUGUAUCAGUCACAUUUUGUAUUUUUUCAUAAAUAAAAAUAAUUUAAAAUUUAUAUUUUUAUGUGAUUAUUACAAAUGCACAUAUACAUGUAAAUGUGGAGUACUAAUAUUCACUAACACACGUACAUAGUGACUAACUGCUUUUCCCUCUACUUUUGUACAUAUAGACUGUAAAUAUUAAAAAAAAAACAACACUUUUACUGGUUGUCAGUGUGGGUUUUCUUGUUUUGAGUUGAUCUCACUCUCAUCUGUAUAUCUGGUCCAGUUGGGCCAAAACGUUAUUUUGAACAACUCUGGUCGGUUAUGGUGAUAAAGACAGAUGUCAACAGCUGAUAAUGCAGAUAGAACUAGAGAUAAUAAAAGACAUUCUUGGAAAUAUUACGUUUGUUUUACU